UAGAUGACAGCGUGGUUACUGAUUCGCCAGCCCACGACUUGAUUCGCCACCCCUCGAACUACUCUUCUUCACUUCUCGACUAAACUUCACGGUAACUGCCAACCAACGACGAGCGUCCUUCUCCUUGCACUUCACAGAACGAUACACAAAAGGCCACUGCAAUGGCUGAGCGGGUGCUGGUAAUUGGCAGUGGAGGACGAGAACAUGCACUGGCUUGGAAGCUGGCCCAGUCGCCUCACGUCCAGCAGGUCCUGGUAGCUCCUGGUAAUGCCGGGACGGCCAGUUGUGGAAAGAUCUCCAAUUCAGAGGUAUCUGUGAGCAACCACUCCAUUCUGGCUCAGUUCUGUAAAGACCACAAUGUUGGACUGGUGUUGGUUGGACCGGAGGUGCCUCUUGCUGCAGGCAUCGUGGAUGAUCUGGCAGCCGCCGGUGUCCCGUGCUUCGGCCCCUCAGCCAAAGCCGCCCAGCUAGAGGCCAGCAAGAGUUUCUCCAAGAGCUUCAUGGACCGGCAGGGCAUCCCCACGGCACGCUGGAGCUCCUUCACCGACCCCCAGGAGGCCUGCCGCUACAUCAGGGGGGCAGACUUCCCCGCCCUGGUGGUGAAGGCCAGUGGUCUAGCGGCAGGUAAAGGAGUCAUCGUCACUCAGGACAAAGAGGAGGCAUGCAAAGCAGUGGAAGACAUCAUGAAGGACAAGGCAUUUGGCUCUGCUGGGGAGACAGUGGUGGUUGAAGAGCUACUUGAAGGAGAAGAAGUGUCUUGUUUGUGUUUUACUGAUGGGAUCACCAUUGCAGCCAUGCCUCCUGCUCAGGACCAUAAACGCCUGCAGGACGGGGACAAGGGACCCAACACUGGAGGCAUGGGGGCUUACUGUCCCACCCCACAGGUCCCUGAGGAGAUGAUGCAGCAGAUCAGAGAGACAGUACUGCAGAAGACUGUGGACGGAAUGAGGGAGGAGGGUACCCCAUAUGUGGGUGUGCUCUAUGCAGGGCUGAUGCUCACCCCACAGGGGCUCAAGGUGCUGGAGUUCAACUGCCGCUUCGGAGACCCCGAAUGUCAGGUCUUAAUGCCGCUGUUGAAGAGUGACCUUUAUGAGGUCCUGAGGGACACCCUGCAGGGCAAGCUGGCGUCUAGCGCCCCCCUGUGGCAUGAGGGCCUCGCUGCAGUGACUGUGGUCAUGGCAAGUCCUGGUUAUCCCGGAGCUUACAAGAAGGGCAUAGAGAUCACAGGUCUGUCUCAGGUGGAGGAUUUGGGCCCGCAGGUGUUCCACGCAGGGACAGCUCUGAAGGAGGGUGGGGGUGUGGUCACCAGUGGUGGGCGUGUCCUGACGGUUACCGCGGUGAUGCCCAGUCUAGAUAGCGCCCUCCACAAAGCCAAUCAGGGCGUGGCAGCGGUGGGGUUCCCCGGUGCCGUCUACCGCAGAGACAUCGGCCACCGUGCCAUCGCCUACCUUACACGCUCUAGAGGUCUGACCUAUAAGGACAGCGGGGUGGAUAUCGCAGCAGGCAAUCGACUGGUGGACCUGAUCAAGCCUCUGGCCAAGGCCACCACUCGGGCAGGUUGCAAUGCUGAGCUGGGGGGCUUUGCAGGUCUCUUUGACCUGAAGGCUGCAGGCUUCAGCGAUCCUGUCCUGGUGUCUGGGACUGACGGCGUGGGGACCAAGCUUAAGAUUGCACAGACAUGCGGACAGCACGGCACUCUGGGACAGGACCUGGUGGCCAUGUGUGUGAAUGACGUGCUGGCCCAGGGUGCUGAGCCCCUCUUAUUCCUAGACUACUUCUCAUGUGGCCAGCUGGAUGUGUGUGUGGCCUCCACUGUGAUUGGUGGGAUUGCCGAGGCAUGCAAGAUGGCUGGAUGCGCUUUGCUGGGUGGUGAGACUGCAGAAAUGCCUGGCAUGUAUAAGAAGGGCGAGUAUGACCUGGCUGGGUUCUGUGUCGGGGCAGUGGAGCGGAGCGCCGUGCUCCCGCGGCUGGGCGACAUCUCUGAGGGGGACCUCCUGAUUGGGGUGGCCUCUUCUGGGGUCCACAGCAACGGCUUCAGCCUGGUCCGGAAGGUUCUGGAGCGGUCCGGGCUGCAGUACAGCUCCCCUGCUCCUUUUGGCAAAGCUGGAGAAACCGUGGGCGAGGUGUUGUUGACGCCCACUAAGAUCUACAGCCGCUUGCUGCUGCCAAUCCUGCGCAGCGGAGCAGUGAAGGCCUACGCCCACAUCACGGGAGGCGGUCUGCUGGAGAACAUUCCACGCGUGCUGCCGAAGGACCUGGCUGUAGACAUGGACGCGACACGCUGGCGAAUCCCGCCCGUGUUUACGUGGCUGCAGGAGGCUGGGGGCCUCAGCGAGGAGGAGAUGGGCCGCACCUUUAACCUGGGCCUGGGAGCCGUGCUGGUGGUGGCUCGACAGGACGCCCAGAGGGUCCUCAGGCAGCUGCAAGCCCACGAGCAGGCCUGGAUCGUGGGCUCACUGGUUCACAAGCAGCCUGGCACUGAACCAGUGGUCAUCCGAAACCUGACAGUGAGUCUGAAGGCGGGCCCUGAGGCCCAGAGUCCAGACACGAGCGCUCUGCCUAACGGCGCCGCCCACUCUGACCACUCCCAGCGCAGGCGCGCCAGAGUGGGCGUGCUCAUCUCCGGAACAGGCACUAACCUGCAGGCCCUGAUGGAACAGGUCAAGAAGCCGUCCAGCGCGGCGGAGAUCGUGGUGGUCAUCUCCAACCGGCCCGGGGUGCUCGGCCUGAAGAGGGCCUCCAUGUCAGGCAUCCAGACUCGGGUUGUCGACCAUAAGUUGUACGGUAGUCGCUCCGAGUUUGACAGCACCAUUGACCGUGUUCUGGAGGAGUUUGGCGUGGAGGUGGUGUGCCUGGCCGGCUUCAUGAGGAUCCUAACUGGGACGUUUGUCAAGAAGUGGAAUGGGAAGCUGUUGAACAUCCACCCAUCUCUGCUGCCCUCCUUCAAAGGAGUGAACGCACAGAAGCAGGCUCUGCAGGCAGGCGUACGGGUGGCGGGCUGCACCGUUCACUUUGUUGCCGAAGAGGUUGAUGCUGGAGCCAUCGUCGUGCAAGAAGCGGUGCCAGUGUUGAUGAAUGACACCGAAGAGAGCCUAUCAGAGCGCAUCCGAGAGGCGGAACACCAGGCCUUCCCAGCAGCCCUUGAGCUGGUCGCGGGGGGCGCAGUGAAGCUGGGGGAGGACGGGCGCAUCAUUUGGAACUCUACGAUGCAGGUGUAAACAAAUAACCCGAGUCUCCAUCACCUUAACUACUGCAAAAGGUCCAAUUCUAAUUCAGCUGUGUCUUUGCUGUAACGUUACAUACGGUACCCGUCAACCUCAUAAGUAAUCAAUCAUUCAUAUGACCAACAAAGUUCAGUGUUUACGUAGUCAGGGCCAUUUCAGGUUUACACUGCUGUUACAUUUGUGGACACUUAAAAUGGAUCUGAGAUGGUUAGUCCACAUUGACCGCAGAAGAUGUGACAUUCCUUUAAUCAUGAUCAUUCCAGAGAAGUAUUUCUCCUUAGCACACUCCUGCUAUGAUUAUUGUGAUCUUGUGUUUUUACACUACUUGAACAAUUGGCACCCUCUGUGGUGCGUAACCCAUAAGCUGCAUGAAAUGAAAUGUUGGUUUGUCAAUGUAUUCCUGUAGAACUGCAUAUAUCAUGCAUGUGACCACAAGAAAAAGAGAGAAUCCCCGGCAUUUCUCACUGCCAUAAAUAAACUUGCACUGUGCCAUGAUCUAAAGUAAUGAAUGUGGACUAUAACACGGUCAUUAAAAUGUAGAUCAUAAA